AUGAAGCCCGAUUUCUACCUUGCGACGAACAUCAACUGCGCGACAUUGGACCGCGGUAGCUGCGGCAGUGUUUUCGAAGUCCCCGGGACUACCUUCGCCAUCAAGAAGGGCGCAAAUACUAAAGCUAUCUGGAAUGACUUCAAUUUGACCAAUCACGCCUACAAUUCCUACCUCACCUGGGCCGGCAUUCUCUCAAUGAACUUCCCCGGGCGGCGAGUACCUCGCGUGCCAGGGGCACUAUUCUUCAACAGCCCUGACUCUGCAGAAUAUUGGGAUGUAGUCUUGAAACGAUUCCCUCAGGGCGAUCGAAGCAGAGCCGCCGCCUUUCACGUCGAUCGGAUCUUACCAGCGCCCCGGCCAACGCGAAUGUCUCUCGUUCGCCUGUUCUAUCAUAACGACACGCAGACUCGGCAUAAUGUGCUUAGCAAUAAAGCCAACAGAGACUGCCUGAUCCGUGUCUACUUGGGCAGUAACAACCCUUCGACCCAAGCCUACGACGUCACCGCCACACUCCGAAACUUCCCACUCUACCUCGACCAGGCCAAGCUGGUCGGCCUCGACAUCACCGCGUAUGCUGAAGAGAUGGCCAUCGGGCUCGCACUUCUACACUGGCAAGCGCAGAUUGAUGCUGCAGAUACCGAGUUUGUUAUUGGCAGCUCAACAGGCACCACCUUCCGCACUAGAUACCCGAACCACCAAGCCCGACCGCCUCCUACUUCGACUGUGGACGACUUCGCACGCCGGGAGAUCCAGAUGUGGAUGUUGGACUACGACAAAUGCAGAGAAGUUGACCUCAGCGCUAAAGAUGCCGCAUCAGCGGUGGUCAACCAGUACCUUGUUGCUGUCACGGGCAACGAUCCCCACUUUCCGCACCCCUGGCCGGACAUUGAACUGUGGCAAAGAUUUCGCGCGGCAUAUCUCAAAGCAAGCGAGGUUAUCCUCAGCGUGAGGGGUGUUGGGGUUGCAGUGGACUUUCCGGGCAUGUUGAUCGAAAAGUGGGAGGGGUGGGGAGAGAAGGAUAUGGAAGCGAGCGAGUUCGAUCCGUUCGCCAGGGACGGUGACGGCAGUAAUGAGGAUGGUGGAUGGUCUAAUGAUGGACUGGAGGGGGGAAUCACCGACAAUGAUUCGGAGGAGGGAGGGGAGGAGGAGGAGGAGGAGGGCGAAGAGGAGGAGGAGGGCGACGAGGAGGAGGAGGGCGACGAGGAGGAGGAGGGUGACGAGGAGGAGGAGGAGGACGACUAA